CAAGUUGUGUAUAGCAUCAUGGUGCAUUAGUGCCAUCUAAUAGCACGGUUCGUUAAAACAAGCGCAUGUGCCAACUUAGAUCAAUAUAACCAUCAGAGAAAUUCUUGUGAAGUUUUCCCCAUUUGAGAAUCAGGCGCUAUUUGAAACACGUAUAUAGUAGAAACGAACAGGGUGGUACGUAAAUUGAGAAACGGAAAGAAACUUUUUUAAAGGAAUAUGUACGGAUUUGUAAACUACGCUUUGGAACUUUUGGUAAUUAAAACGUUUGGAGAAGAUACUUGGGAAACUAUUAAGAAAAAUGCAGAUGUUCAAAUGGAGGGUCAGUUUUUGGCCCGUCAAAUCUACGACGAUGAAAUUACCUACAAUAUUGUCUCAGCUGCUGUUGAAGUUCUCAAUAUUCCAGCAAAUGCAAUUUUGGAAUUGUUUGGGAAAGCUUUUUUUGAGUUUUGCCAAGAUUCAGGCUAUGACAAAAUCCUGCAAGUUUUGGGAGCAACACCUCGAGAUUUCUUACAGAAUCUAGACGCAUUACACGAUCAUCUCGGUACUCUAUACCCAGGUAUGAGAGCUCCUUCGUUUCGUUGUACAGAACGUCCUGAGGAUGGAGCGUUAAUUCUCCAUUAUUAUUCUGACAGGCCAGGCUUGGAACCAAUUGUCAUAGGUAUCGUUAAGGCAGUAGCUAGUAAACUCCAUCAAACUGAAGUUGAAGUUGAAAUAUUGAAAACGAAAGAGGAAUGUGACCACGUUCAAUUUCUCAUAACUGAGAAAAGUAAACCUGAUAGGACACAAAGUACAGAAAUUGAGGAAAUCGAAACACUAUCACUUGAACAAAAAGUAAGCCCAGCAACAUUCUGUAAAGUGUUUCCAUUCCACAUCAUGUUCAACAGAGACAUGAAAAUAAUUCAAGCUGGUAAUACAGUGACAAGAAUCAUGCCUAAAGUUAAUGGAAAUGAUUGCAAGAUAACGGACGUGUUAGAUCCGGUUCGUCCGCACUUGGAACUAACAUUCGAAAACAUUCUUUCACAUAUUAACACCAUAUACGUGUUGAAGACUAAAGGAGGCGUGAUUCAAGCGAACGCGUCUCCAGAGUAUAGAUACUUGCGUCUGAAAGGCCAAAUGCUGUACGUGCCAGAAACCGAUGUGGUCAUUUUUAUCUGCUAUCCCAGUGUAAUGAACCUCGAUGACCUCACAAGACGAGGACUAUAUAUAAGCGAUAUACCAUUACAUGAUGCUACAAGAGAUUUGGUUUUAAUGUCUGAACAAUUCGAAGCCGAUUAUAAACUUACUAGAAAUCUUGAGAUUCUUACCGACAAAUUGCAGCAGACAUACAGAGAACUUGAGAGCGAAAAGCAGAAGACUGAUAGGUUAUUGUACUCGGUACUUCCCAUAACUGUUGCAAAUGAUUUGAGACACAAGAGACCCGUUCCCGCUAGAAGAUAUGACUGUGUGACUUUGCUUUUUUCUGGAAUUGUCGACUUCUCCACGUAUUGUGCAAAUAACACAGAUUCCAAAGGCGCAAUGAAAACGGUACACAUGCUUAACCAACUGUAUACCGCUUUCGACGUUUUAACCGAUCCUAAGAGGAAUCCGAAUAUUUAUAAGGUUGAAACAGUAGGCGAUAAAUACAUGGCUGUUAGCGGCUUGCCAGAGCCAUGCAUUUCCCAUGCUAGGAAUAUAGGAAGACUCGCCUUAGAUAUGAUGGACAAAAUGAAAGAAAUCGCAAUCGACGAAGAACAAGUUAAAAUAACAAUAGGUAUUCAUUCUGGUGAAGUUGUAACAGGAGUAAUUGGGCACCGUAUGCCUCGAUAUUGUUUGUUUGGAAAUACAGUCAACUUAACCAGUAGAACUGAAACAACUGGAACUCCAGGACGCAUUAAUGUAUCGGAAGAUGCCUACACAUUUCUAUGUCGAGAGGAUAACUUCGAUGAGCAAUUCUGCUUCGAAUAUAGAGGUCCAGUAAUUAUGAAAGGAAAAUCUGAGCCAAUGAAAGUCUGGUUUUUAUCACGAGCAGCCAAUAAUAAGGAUUGCGAUGCAUCUCCGUAAUUACACUUUAGUUUCUAUUCUAAACACAUGUGGUGUAAUAAAGGAAGUUUACAUGUACAUUGAUUUAAUAGAGGUCAGUGUAGAAUCAGUAUUUAGAAACUCAUUCUGUCCUUAAUGAUUCCGAACUGGAUGUUUUAGUAGAAAAAGAAUUUCUCGUUCAUAAAAGGCUAUUUAUAUUCAGAUUGAUGUAAAGUGCUACAUGUAUAUGUAUAUUUCUAAAACAGACACAAGAAAAAGAGCCACAUCAUCGUCAUUAAAUUCGCUGUUGAUGAACUGCAUUAACGGUUAAACAGAUGGUUAAUAACAAUGAUAAUAAUAAUGUUGUCUUCGUAUAUAGUACAAUUUUAGGUGUACUAAGUAAUUUCAAGAAAAUUAAA